GCUAGCCAAAGGGAUCCGGACCGCAUUUCCCACAGUGCUAAUGACUGGGUUCCAGGACAUGUUUGCCUUUUGGCCGCUGCCGGGAAGCUGACUGUGACGUAUGUCGUCGACGGCUAUACUUGCCGCAAACAUCUUGAUCCGUGGUCGGAGCAGAUCCGCCUAACAGAGCUGCCAGAGGCAGAUCCGGAAAUCGGGCUGGGGCAGGCCUAUCGAUUUGUCUUUGGCCAAAUUUUCAUCGAGCCGUACUCAUUGCAGCAGGCUUUGGAGACUGCGCGUCGCCUGGAACAGCAGCAGCACGUGCUGUGCUGCCACGAGGCUUCCGUGCUAAAGGCACGGAAGCUUCACGAUGAAGCGGAGAGGGCAUAUCGGGACAUCGGCGCUCUCUUUGUGGACAACGAGAGCCCGUCCUUCAACGAGAGCUUCCAAAGGAAACCAGCGACAGUGGCAAGGCUCGCUGGUGGCGUCCUUUUUGACGGGAGGCCCCGUGCAUCAGACGUGUACCAGGGUGGAGAAGCCUGCAAUUGCGGUUUCAUGGCUGCCCUGGCAGCGGUGGCCGACCACAGCGAGGGCUUUCUGGUCCGCCGCUUGCUGGAGGAGCAUUCGGAGCUGAAUUCCUAUGGCUGCUACCAGGUCUCGCUCUUCCUGGGCACGGGCGGCCGGAAGCUGGAGCACUACCGGCGCAAGCACCCCAGCGUCGCGGAGGCGCCAAAGGAGGUCUUCUCCUCCAACACGCGGAACUCCGUGAAGAGCUUCGAGAAGGGCUCCUGGCGCCGGGUGGUGGUGGACGACCUGGUGCCUGUGAACAAGAAAGCCCGGCCUCGCGCCUGCAAUCCCAAAGGCAAGGCCCUGUGGCCCUGCAUCAUUGAGAAGGCCUUCGCUAAGGCCUGCGGCUCCUACCAGAACGCGGACUUCGUUGACCUCACUGAGGCUUUGGUGAUCCUCACGGGGCAGAGCACCGUGCGCGUGGACCUGGCAAGGCUGAAGGAGAAGGAUCAGAACCAGCUCUGGCUGGACCUAAGCCGCUACAAGGAGAUGGGCACCUUGGUGACUGCUGGCAUUCUGGACCAGGGCCAGCGCGUGCUGCCCAACGGCCUGGUGACCCUGCACGCCUACAGCUUUUUGGACCUCUUUUGCUUUCUGGACGUGAGCACGGGGCGGCGGGAACAGCUUGUGAAGCUGCGGAAUCCCUGGGGGCAGAAGUGCUGGAGGGGGGACUUCGGCCCCUUGGACGCGCGGUGGGCGACGGAGUUGUUCGAGAGGAUCCACGAGGACCAGGGGGUCUUUUGCAUGCUCUGGCGAGACUUCCUUGCCAACUUCACCAAGAUCCACGCCUGCCACGUGGGCGACGGUCGUGACGCGAAGGAAGCAAGGGACGGCCAGUGAGGGUGGCUUGGCCCAAGCCGGUGAGCAUCAGACACUGGACCUUUUCAACCUCAAAAUUCAAUGGGUUUUGGGCGCUGCUCGCCUGCUGUGCCUGGCUUUCUUCCUGAGGAUUAGCCUUUGAAAAACUCUAGGGCUGCUUGAUCCAGUGUGCCAUGAAAUGGUAUCUGAUCAAGCAUGCGCCUACGCGACUUUUUGCUUCUCAGUUUGAGAAGCCGAAUUCGCUUUUUGCCCUCUUGCGCAAGUCCUGUUGCAGGCCAUUACUGGCUGUGGGCAUGUCAUGGUGAGCAUUCUGAGUUGACGAG